CUACAUGUUGUCCACAUACUAGAUUCAAAGAUUCAAUGAUAAGUCACAACAGAACACCCUCCAUCCAAUCUCCCAAUCCAACUCCCAAAAAAACUGCAAAGCUACAAACUAUCAAGUACAACAAUGUCAGCAGCAACAGCAGCAUUCCCCUGCAUUAAAAUCACCAAAGCAACCUCCCCAUCAUCAUCAUCUAAUGCUACCCUUUUCAGAUUCUCAGCACCAAAACAUUCUAGUCUUACAAUCAGGAGUUCUCAGGCUGAUGGGCCUUUAAGAAGACCUGUGGCUGCUCCUCCUGCAAGACCUACUCCUCCUUCUCAGCCAUCAGCUUCCCCUCCUAAGCCGGUGGCUGUUUCGCCACCCGUUGUGGAGAGUGAGAAGAAGAGUCUAGUGACCAUGGAGUUUCAGAGACAGAAGGCCAAGGAGUUGCAGGAUUUUUUCAAGAAGAAGAAAUUGGAGGAGGCUAAUCAGGGUCCCUUUUUUGGGUUUCUUGCCAAGAAUGAAAUUUCCAAUGGCAGAUGGGCAAUGUUUGGUUUUGCUGUUGGGAUGCUAACAGAGUAUGCCACAGGCUCAGACUUUGUUGAUCAAGUGAAGAUCCUACUCUCAAAUUUUGGGAUCGUAGAUCUCGACUGAAUUUUCUCUUGAUCACCAAGCUCUCUGCUAUGUUUUCACUUGUAGUCCUUUAGCCAUCUUGAAUACCCUCAGUAAUCUAUUCUCCGGAGUGAUAUUUUCAUUUUAUUUGCCAAAGCCAUGUGAUUAUAUAUAUAUAGUUGUAACAUCAUUCACAGCUCCAAAACUUGUGAAGGUUAAAGGAAAUACAAGUUUGUAGUUUUAUUC